AUGAGCUUCCCAACACCUACGGCAAGGUACCACCAUGAACCCACGUCGGCAGUCGACCCAACACAGGAGCGUCUCUCAGCAGCAGGCAAAACCGUCCUCGUCACCGGUGGCGGAACUGCAAUUGGAGCAGCCACUGUCGAAGCCUUUGCAAAGGCCAAAGCGGACCACAUCUUUCUCAUCGGAAGACGUCUAAGUCUCCUCAAGGAGGUUGAACAAAAGACCGACCUGUCCAAGGAAGACCAGGUCAAGGAUCUCUUCCAGCAGAUCAACAAAGUCAGCUUCCUCGACAUCCUGGUAGCCAACGCAGGAUACCUCCCGGAACCCGGACCACUAGCUUCCAGCGAAACGAGCGAGUGGUGGAAGGGACAUGAGAUCAACGUGCUGGGUACUUAUCUUCUGGGAAAAUAUUUCCUCAACCAGUCUCAGCCCGUGCGAGGAAAGCCCGUCUUUGUCGGCGUCAACACCGGCGCAGCUCACAUGGGUCCGGCCGCCGGUCCCAUGAGCGGCUACGUCUCCUCCAAGCUGGCGGCUGCUUCCGUGGUGGAGUUUCUGCAGGCUGAGAAUCCAAACAUCAAGGCCUUCAACGUGAGUCCUGGAAUCGUGAAGAGCGACAUGGCUGACAAGGCCAAUAUGCCGCACUUGCCGCCUCAAGAUUCCCCGGAGCUCAUGGCCAACUUUGCGGUUUGGCUUGCGGGCCCUGAGUCGGACUUUCUCAGUGGGCGUUUCCUGUGGGCGAAUUGGGAUGUCGAAGAGCUGGUUGCUGCAAAGGACAAGAUUGAGGCGAACCCGGGGUUGUUACAUCUCACUUUGGAGGGUUGGUGGAACAACUUUGCUUCGCUUAAGUGA